AUGGUCCGUAUAUCUGUCCUCGCUGGUCUUUUGGGAGCCGCCGCCGCCCUCCACCCCUUCCUGCGCACGAACUUUGAUGUGAUGGACUUGGUUGAGCAUGAGCAUGGCGUCGAAAACCCCCGAGCGGUCAUCAAUGAAGAGUACUUUAGCACGCAAAAACUCGACCACAACGACGCGUCCAACACGAAAGUGUGGAGCCAGCGCUUCUUCACCAACGACGAGUUCUACGGUGGCCCUGGAUCCCCCGUGUUUGUGUACAUCAAUGGGGAAAACGUUGCGCGUAAUACGACCGUCGUGUCGACGGGCCUCUUCAUGAACGUCCUCGCCAAGAAGCACAAGGCGUUGAUUGUGAGCUUGGAGCAUCGAUACUACGGCAAGUCGCAGCCCCUUUCCGACUUCACCACGGCGAGCCUCAAGUACCUGAGCGCCGAGCAAGCACUGAACGACUUGGUCAACUUUCAAGACCACUUGACUGUCAAGCGCAACUUGACCAAGGAUAGCAAGUGGGUCGCGUUCGGGGGCAGCUACCCAGGCAUGUUGGCGGCGUGGGCUAAGCUCAAGCACGGCAGCCGGUUCGCUGGUUCCGUGGCUAGCUCUGGUCCCAUCUUGGCCAAAGGCGACUACCACGAAUACGCCGACACAGUUGCGUUCGGUUUGAAUUACUAUGGUGGGGACGCGUGUGUCAACACCGUCAAGGUGGGUUUGGAAGGGCUCCACACCCUCUUGGGCAGCUCCAAGCCCGAAGACGUGGCUCAACUGCAGGCGCUCUUCAAGCUAUGCUCCCCCAUCAAAAACGACUUUGACCGCAUGACGGUGGAGUCGUGGGUGUUUGGCAACUUCCAAGGCACAGCCCAAUCCAAUGACAACACGGCGUUCAACCUGAACUCCACGUGCACUCUGUUUGCCCAGCCCAACAAGACGCCCCUGGAAAAGCUCGCCGAGCACAACGCCCGGUACACGUCCACAUGUACGGAUUCGGACUUCAAGGACUCGUGGGUCACACCCCUGAGCAAUACUACGCUCAGCACGACCAAAAUUGGCCGGCAGUGGAUCUACCAAACGUGCGCCGAAUUCGGCUACGGCCAGACCACGGCGUCCGCCAAGUCGAUCUUUUCUGCGCUAUCGUACAACGAUAUCGACAAGGUGCUCUACGAGAUGUGCAGUCAAGCUUACGGCAUCCCCAAAGCCCAAAUCGAUGCCGCCAUCGCCGCCACCAACAAAAAGUACGGCGCCCUCCAAAUCGACGUAGAAAACGUCAUCUUCCCCAACGGCAACAUCGAUCCGUGGUCGGCGCUGAGUGUCACCAACGCUACGGGCGUGAUCAACCCCAAGUCAGAGCUCGUGUUCAUCGACGGCACGUCGCACUGCCGCGACAUGUCGGCUGCUAAGGCCACCGACAGCGGCGCGCUAGUGUGGGCCCACCAACGUGUGGAGCUGGCCGUGGAGGGAUUCUUGCGCAACCAAUGCUAA